CCCAAUUGUUUGUAAGUCAACUCGUGUCAUUCAUUCGAAAACAGUUGCUAGUGUUGAAGCUGAGGUGCGAGAAUUAUGCUUACGCUAUUUCAUUACAAUAGUUAAUUAUAAAGCAUUUACCAAAACAAUGAUAAAAGUGCAUUAUAAGUUAGUUACCAAUGCUACAAUUUUGUCAUAAUCUUCUUGUCUGGAUCAUUUUGUAGCCUAUUUGGUAAAGUUUUAACUGCAAGUCUUUAGUGGUUAUAUAUAUGCUUGGUUGGCCAAACUUGGCAAUUCAAGAGAAUUUCGGGAUUAAUUCGACGUAAUGUUAAGUAAUUAUGUGUGCAAACUUUUAUAUUUAGAGGUAUCAAUCUUUUAAGGAAAUGAAGCUUAAGCUUACUAACUUUGAAAGUAAUGGAUGAAGUUGCCUUCCAUCUGUCACAGCGGCUUGAAUCGCUUCAGGUGGUAGUCUACAGUGCGGGACAGAAUGGACUCAGAUGGGUAGAGCAGUUGCUGGAUAAAGGCUACGAGUUGGCCCUCUCAACGUGGAACUCCGAACAGAGACAACUCUUAAAUAAUAUCAUCAGUCAGAAGAUAGAUUUAACCAUACAAUUUGGAAAACAAAUUAGUAACACUACAAUUAAAUAUACAAACCCUACUUUUCUAUAUGUUCGGUUAACACAACUAGUUGGACCAGAAUGGGACCAGAGAGUGGUGAUGGCAGGAUGUGUAGGACUGCUGGUUGGCACCGGUAUUGGCAUCAGUGUGGGCCUGUGUCUACAGACCCCUCCACGACCCGUGUCUCUCAUGAAGGCUGUGACAGUUACAGGGUUCACUGGAGUUGAUGCAGUUGCCUAUAUGGAAGAUGUUGUCACGCCAACUAUCUGCUCUCCAGACGAUGUUUUGAUCCAAGUGAGAGGGGGAACAGUUGAUCCAGUAGACAUCAAAAUUUGCAAUGGCUACGCCCGAGUACUUAGAAAACAACUGAACAAAUAUAACCCUAAUGUGCGUGGGGAACUGCCACUGGUGCUGGGUAGAGACGUGGCAGGUGUGGUGCGUGAUAUUGGUGCUGCAGUGACACGUCUGGAGGUGGGCGACGAGGUGUGGUGUGCUGUGCCACCUUGGCUCCCUGGCACACUGGCCGAGGUGGUGGUGGUCAAGCAGCAGUAUGUAAGCCAUAAGCCUCGUACCCUCGCAUUUGACGGAGCUGCCUCUCUCCCCUAUUCUGGAACUGUCGCAUGGGAUGCUGUGGCAGUUAAGGCCAAACUCAGUGUACACAAUGCUUCCUCCAAACGGGUUCUGGUGCACUGUGCUAGCACGGGGGUGGGCUGCCUCAUCACCCAGAUUUGUCACAACAUGGGGGCUCACGUGUCUGUGACCUGCCUCAACCGUGCAGCGCCCGUCAUGUCUGCCCUGGGUGCAGAUAAGGUCUUCGCUCUUGAGUCAGCUGACAUCGAGAAGCAGCUGCUCAGAGAGGAGAGGUACGACGUAGUGUUCAACACCGCAGGCUCAGUUGCUCAUGAGUUUUGUUUGCGGUUUUGUAAAUAUGAAGGUUUUGUUAUCACAACCAUAUCAUCACAGUUGGCUUCCGACACAUUUGGCCUGUGUUUAGGCUUCAUGUACACAACUUGGGUGCGACUAGCUCAUAGUUUAUUCGGCUACACAAGUUGGGGCAACUGUCAGCUGAACUACAGGGUAUUAGACGUAUUAGCGAACCUGGUAGAUAGUGGGCGACUGCAACCCGUGGUCGACAAGAUACUGCAGCCUCACGAGAUCGAACGAGCGAUCCAGCACAUAGACUCUGCAAAUGCGAUUGGGAAAACAGUUUUGCGCUUUAGUGGAUCGUCAGCCACCACUCCUCUAGUCAAGCCAGAUGUGAUUCUGUAACAUCUGUAACUCGUAGUCUGCGGAAGUAGUCUGUAAAUUGUUCUUAAAAGUAUUCACCAUGGCAUGUUUGACAUUAUUUAUUAACAAUAUUGUAUAUAUUUUUGGUGUAUGUAUACACGUUGAAAUUAUAGGUUUUAUGUAA